UUAUACAUUAACCGAUACAUUUUUCAUGUGUUUGUUAAUAUUGGCAUGCUCCAUUUGAAGUCUGUUAGACUUUCAGCCUGGUUGUUUUCGAAGAAUAUUGCUGUACUUAACGUACAUAAUGUUUCAACUGUCAUUGCUUUAGACGUUGUGUUGGUCAAAGUUUGUAGGUGAGCCAGAAGAAAUUUAGUUCUUGCAGAAGUUGAUUUUCUUGUUUUAUCAUGACGUUUCUUCAGCAGUGGAUCUUUAGGGGUUUUUUCUCUGAUGAACGUGAUGUUUUUCUUCAUCCGUGAAGUUACUGCGCAACAUUUUCAUAAUGUUUCAAGAGUUUUCAAGUCCAGGAUGCCAGCAGAAAAAUCUGAGAUGGAGAUGGUACAGGCGCAUCAGCGGAUGUUUCAGAUGCAGAGAGCUCUCAAGUUUCAAGUAUUCUCAUAAAGUUGAGUCUCUACUGUCGAGUCCACAAGCUGAAUACUACAAGCCUCAGCUCUUCAAAUCGGCACCCAUAGUGUUCCAUUUCUUUGACUGUAUAAAUCUUACACUACUCUGUUUGCUACCACAUCGGUUGACUGUUUUUGACAGUAUGGAAAUAAUUAUGUGUGAACGGAAUCAAAUGUGCAGUGCACGGAUAAAGGUCAUUUUCAGUAAGUUAUUGAUCAGAUGUUCGUUUUAUUAAGGUUGUCUACAUUUCUUGAGUUAAUGUAAUUCGGUCUUCCGGUCGGCCGUGGCAUUGUGCGCUUUGUUAAUUUGAUAGUCAGUCACACUUCCUGUAAUUAUAUUACUAUAGCCAUAAUAUUAUUUGAACAUGAAUUACAAUUAAAAGGCACUGGACACCUUUGAUAAUCGUCAAAGACAAGUAUUCUCACUUUGUGUGUUCCAACAUGCCAAC